AUGGCAUGCCAUUCAGCAAUUUUGACUAUGGAUCAUCUCAGAGAGAUAAUCGCCCGCAAUGCACAAGGAAGAAAACUCAGGAACAUUAAAAUGCAUAGGCGAAAGUGCACAAAAAUUUUGACGAACGUUGUCAAUCCAACAUUGAACGAACAAUUGAUUGCUGAUGUCCAGGGAAAGUUUUCAUUAAUUGUCAAUGAAUCUACCGAUGUUUCUACCGCAAAGCAACUCUGCAUUAUCGUACAGUAUUACAACAAAGUCAAGAAGAAGAUCCUCACAGUGUUUUUUUACCUGAUUCCUGUUAUCCACACUUCUGCAGACGAUCUUUUUAAUGCCAUCAAAGAUUGCCUUACCGAAAUUAAACUCAAUUUGGUGGACUGUGUUGGCUACGCUAGCGAUGGUGCUUCUUCGGUGUGGACAAGAAUAGCUGCUGUUGCUCCGCACUGCAUCAAGAUGGCAUGUAUUUGCCAUUUGUUGUCCCUUUGUGUUCAGUAUGCAUUUGAGAAGUUCCCAUUGAGUCUUGGAUUUCUUCUGGCAGAAAUUCCCAAAUGGUGCUCAAAGAGCACUGUAAGAAGAGAAGCAUACAAGAUGCUCUACAAGGUGAUGAAUCACAAUGAUGACCAGAAGGCACCAUUUGAGAAGUAUUCUACCACGAGGUGGCUGGUGAGAGGAAAGGUUAUCUUUCGUAUUCUCACAAUUUGGAAUGAGUUGAAAGCCUACUUCCUUACAGCACAACCAGCAUGUACGCAGGUGGCACGUUUCAAGGCACUUAUUCUCCUGGACAUGCUCAAAGAUCCGAUCCUGUAUCUAUAUUUCCACUUUGUUUCGCCUGUGGUUGCAGAAUUCGACAGGGUGAAUGCUUUCUUCCAGGCAACAGAUGCUGAUCCAGAAGAAAUGUUCACAGAAUUGUAUUUGCAAAAUAAAAGUCUAUGUGGUACAAUUUUUGACCUGGAAGGAAAACCACUUGCCAUUCAUAAGGUUGACUUUGGCGGAAAGUUCUUGUCUGAAGCAAUGAAAUACAUUUCUUCCUAA